CAGCGCUCAUUCGCGUCGUGGACUUUUGCGAGCUGUGGACCAUAUUAUAUAUAUUUUCGCCCAAUCACUGGCCGUGCCUGGAAUUUUUUUUUUAGGGCCUUGCUUCGUUCGGGGUAGACCAAAAUGAACAACACUCCGGUCGAUGGGUCUGCGAGCCAAAAUAAAGAAGAAAAAUCGCCGCCAUUGGGUCGAGCACUUUCUUGAUGGGAAAUCGAGCACGAUUACGACGGAUGGGCGCACAAGCACAAAACAUAGGCAUGACAUCGACCGACCUGCUGCCUGCAGCGCACUGCACUGCAGUAAAACUAUUUUUUUUUCUCUCCUGUGCAGAUGCUGCUCACCGGGGGAGAAGGAGAGGGGAAGACAAGCUGAGGCACAUGUUCAUGUGGGGGGAUUUUUUUUUUUUUUUUUUGCACAGCAUUGAAGAUAGAAAAAGAGCAUUGUCACGAGGGAGGGGUAGCAGAAUAGAUAGGGAAGGGAUUAUCGACAUGACAGGGAUGGUGUCUUGGGUUACCGGAAUGGCAGCAUACACACAUGUAUCAUAUGUUAUAUACACGUUGUAAGACGAACAGACGGCAUCAGAUGACUACAUCCGUAUGGUUUUUGUGCAAGGAGGGUUGAGUCAAAGAGGCCGCGAGAUACGAUAUGGCGGAGAGGUGGGCG